AGGAGGUACAUCAGCAAAUGAAAAGAAAAAAACCAAAAUGCUAACACUUGAAGAAUAUAAUUCAGAUCUGUCUUCAUGGGCCUGACAAUAGCUGUGAGUUUGUUAACACUGUUGUCAGUGGUUGGUCUGAGUCAAAGGAUUUCAUCUAAUAAGGUUCUGACUGGUGUUGGUGUCACUACUGAGGCUUCAUCAGUAAAAUGUACCCAGCGAGGCACCGUUCGUUUACCUGCAUUUGCAAAAGAUGGUGACUUUGUUAUUGGAGGUGUUUUCUCCAUGCACUACAAACUGCACACAGCGAUUUAUAAUUAUACCAUUAAGCCUGAAGCUUUAAGAUGCACAGGGGGCAUGAGUGUUCGCAGUCUGCAGUUCUCUCGUACAAUGAUCUUCGCCAUUGAGGAAAUAAACAACAGUACAGAGCUGCUGCCAGGCAUCAAACUUGGWUAUCAGAUCUAUGACUCAUGCACCUCAGGGCCUGGGGCAUCUGACGCAGCGUUUCAACUAUCGAAUGGUAAAGACCCAAUGUUUUAUGAAGGCAAAAACUGUUCCCAAUCUGGUGUAGUGAUGGCUGUUGUUGGAGAUUCUGGAUCUUUGGAAUCCAUCAGCAUAUCUCACGUCAUUACAGCCUUCAACAUCUCACAGGUGAGUUAUGCUGCCACUUGUGCAUGUCUGUCAGAUAAGCAGCAGUACCCAACGUUUUUCAGAACGAUUCCCAGUGAUCAGUUCCAAGUUGAGGCAUUGGUAAAGCUGGUGAAACACUUUGGCUGGACUUGGAUUGGUACUGUUUACUCAGACACCGAUUAUGGAAAUUUUGGCAUGGCAUCUUUUCUUCCGGCUGCAAAAAAAGAGGGGAUCUGUGUGGAGUACUCUGAAUCCUUAUAUCGAACCGACCCACAUAGCAAGAUCCAGAGAGUGGCUGAUGUGAUCCGCAGAUCAACAGCUCUGGUUGUUGUGGCUUUUUUUGCCUCUGGAGAUAUGAAGGUACUGUUAGAAGAGCUGGCUCUGGAGCCUCCACCRCCUCGUCAGUGGAUAGGAAGUGAAGGCUGGAURGCYGACCCACUUUUCAUGAGUUACAGUUUCUGUGCAGGAGCCAUUGGAKUUGCYAYUCAGAAAUCWGUUAUUCCAGGUCUGAGAGACUUCCUGUUGGAUCUCUCUCCCAGUGAAGUAGCUGCCUCCUCAAUGCUUACUGAGUUCUGGGAGGUUUCAUUCAACUGCACAUUGAUAAAAAUGGCCAAUACAGACAAAAGAGUGUGUGAUGGAAAAGAAGACAUUAAAACACUAAAAAGUCCGUACACGGACACAUCUCARUUAAGAGUGACUAACAUGGUGUAUAAAGCUGUUUAUGCAGUCGCUCAUGCCAUUCACRAUGCAGGAUGUCAGGAAACAAAUCUCACCAYUCAUUGUGACAGAAAGAUCAAUAUGGAGCCCAAACAGAUUUUUAGUGCACUGAAAAAUGUCAACUUUUCACGCAAUGGCUACCAUGUGUCAUUUGAUGCUAAUGGUGAUCCUGUCUCUUUUUAUGAGCUGGUCAACUGGCAGAAGAGUGAAAGAGGAGUCACUGAGWUGAUAACAGUAGGAUAUUAUGAUGCAUCACUGCCUAAAGGCCAGGAGUUUCAGGUCAACAGGAACAUAUCUUGGGUAGAAGGUGUCACACAAGUUCCAGUGUCAGUGUGCACUGAGAGUUGUCCUCCAGGAACCCGUAAAGUGUUGCAGAAAGGAAAACCCAUCUGCUGCUAUGAUUGUAUACCAUGUCCUGAAGGAGAGAUCAGUAACAUGACAGAUUCUCCAGAUUGCUUCCAAUGUCCCACAGAAUUCUGGCCCAAUGAAGAAAAAGAUGCUUGUUUACAAAAACCUGUGGAGUUUCUGUCUUUUGAUGAAGUCCUAGCUAUCAUCCUGGCUGCAUUAUCCAUUUUCGGGGCCUGUCUGGCCAUUAUAACUGCAGUUAUUUUCUUUCAACACAGAACAACUCCAAUUGUAAAAGCCAACAACUCUGAGCUGAGCUUCCUGCUGCUCUUCUCUCUGACUCUGUGUUUCUUAUGUCCAUUAACUUUCAUCGGAGCUCCCUCUGAGUGGUCCUGCAUGCUGAGACACACAGCGUUUGGUAUCACCUUUGUUCUYUGUAUCUCCUGUGUUCUUUGCAAAACUGUAGUGGUUUUAAUUGCCUUUAAAGCUACACUUCCAGGUAGUAAUGUCAUGAAAUGGUUUGGGCCUGCACAACAAAGAAUGACUGUACUUUUUCUUACAUGUAUUCAAGGUUUAAUAUGUGUUAUUUGGUUGGUUGUCAACCCUCCAUAUCCAAUGAAAAACCUGAGCACAUACAAGGAGAAGAUCAUCCUGGAAUGUGCAUUAGGCUCUGCUGUUGGCUUCUGGGCUGUGCUCGGCUACAUUGGCYUGCUGGCUGUUUUUUGCUUUGUGUUAGCUGUUCUAGCUCGGAAACUACCUGAUAAUUUUAAUGAAGCCAAGCUGAUAACCUUCAGCAUGCUGAUAUUCUGUGCAGUAUGGAUCACCUUCAUCCCAGCAUAUGUCAGCUCUCCUGGAAAAUUUACUGUGGCUGAUCCAAUGAUGCGUCACAUGCUGACGGAUGGUGAGGAUCCAGACUCACCAACAACAGCUAAGACCACUCCAGACUGA